UUCUUAUAUCAGAUCAGAUCCCCCCCCCCCCUAAAUCCCCUGAAUUCAACUCAAAUCUCAUUAAUGUCUUCCUGCUUUCGCCCCUCCCCUGCCACCAAUGACGGCGCUCUUCCUCCUCCUCCGCCGCCACUAUCCACCAACCCCAACCUCACCACCUAUCUCUUCCACACCGACGCCGGCGUCGUUUCCCUCACCUGGUCGCGCUCCAUUUUGGGUCGCUCCCUCCAUCUUCACCUCCAUCACCCCCCUUACGAUUCCCCUCUCCCUUCUACUUCUCUCACUCCCGCUUCUUUUCACCUCCACAUCAAGCCCUUCGUCUUCUGGAAAAGGCAUGGAACCAAGAAGUUUUCCCCCAAUACUUUCCUCUUCUGGAAUCUCUCCAAAGCCAAAUUCGGGUCCGGACCUGAGCCCCUCUCCGGUUUCUACGUCGCGCUGGUUGUGGACAAGGAGAUGAUUCUUCUGGUCGGCGAUCUCAACAAGGAUGCGUACGCCAAGACUAAAGCUCUCGAGCCCAAGAAUGGGCAGCUUCUGGUUCUGAAAAGGGAGCACGUGGUGGCCAACAAAAUCUACACCACGAGAGCGAAAUUCGGGGGCAAAAUGAGGGACAUACAGAUAGAUUGCGGAUACAGGGACGACUCCAGGCUCUGCUUCAGUGUGGAUGGGAAGAUCGUGCUUCAGAUCAAGCGUUUGAAGUGGAAAUUUAGAGGGAAUGAGAGAGUAGAAGUGGACGGGGUACCCGUUCAGAUCUCGUGGGACGUCUACAAUUGGCUGUUUGAGAGAGAGAACGGUGACGGGCACGCCAUUUUUAUGUUCAAAAUCGAGGAAGAAGAGGAAGAAGCUGGUAAGGAUGCAGUAGGGGACAGAAAUUUGAUGAAUCUUUGGACACAGCAAAACUGGCAUCUGGGGCUGAACGAAUGGGGGAGAAUGGGCAAGAGCUUCUCGUUGUCGUCGGUUUCAGUGUCAUCGUCAGCGGGAUCUUUUGGCGGAAGCUCCUCCGUGAUGGAAUGGUCCAGCGUGGAGGAGAACGAGUUGGUGGUGCCCAUCGGAUUUUCCUUGCUCGUCUAUGCCUGGAAAAGGUGAACGCUCGGCGCUUUCUCUGCGAUCCCUGAUUAAUGAAAUUCAGUACUUAUAGGUGCUAACCAGUUAGAUUAAACCCGGCUAACCCAUUUGUUUUGUGAACAUAAUUUGUGAUUGAAUACAUCUAGUUACGGCAUUUUAGAACUCAAUACGCAGAUUCAUAGUCGAUAGGCAUAACAACUUCUUCCUUGCGAGCGAUAGAAAGAGUAGACAUCAAUUGAUCCUCUUACCCAAUCGUCUUUCAUGAUUUGUAUUACGUAUUCGUGAAAUGUACUGCCUUGUGAUGUAAAUUUUGUGUAAUAGGAGUCUUAGUUUGUUUGAGAAGCAUACUGAUCAAAAUAGUUGGUUGCCAA